AAUACGGAAAAAUUGUUCUCGCGAAGCCAUAAAGUUUCUCACCUGGGGCUCCCACAAUUCACGACGGCGAGAUUUUGACUGCUGAGGCUCGUAGGGAGGUCGUCUCCAGAAACCCUAAAAACUCAUUUCUCUAUCCGUACUCUUCUUCAGCUUUUGCUGGCCGCCGUUUUUAUUUUGAUCUCAUUGUGAAGAAAUGGCCGAUGUUCAUCGCAAAAGGUACUCUCGAUCUCCUUCACCCUGGCGAGCUCCUUCUAGAUCAAGAUCCAGAUCUAGAUCACGAUCGAGGCCCAGGUCCAGGUCCAGAUCAUGGUCAAGGCCAAGAUCCCCAAGUCGUGGAAGAUCAAGGUCCAGAAGUCGUGGGAGGGACCAUGCCAACAAUCCUGGGAAUACUCUUUAUGUCACUGGUCUAUCUACAAGAGUCACUGAAAGAGACCUUGAAGAUCAUUUUUCCAAGGAAGGCAAGGUAGCUUCUUGUUUUCUUGUGGUUGAGCCUCGAACACGGAUUUCUCGUGGUUUUGCAUUUGUUACUAUGGACAAUGUAGAUGACGCUAAUCGGUGUGUUAAGCAUCUCAACCAGUCAGUUCUAGAAGGUCGAUAUAUAACUGUGGAGAAGUCGCGGCGGAAACGGCCAAGAACUCCAACACCAGGACACUAUUUGGGGUUGAAAAGCACUAGAGACUCUGGCUAUCGUGGCGAUCGAGGUAGUAGAUAUCGUGGUGGUGGCUCCUUCCGUGAAGACUAUGGGUAUCGUCGGUCUCCAAGACGCUCACCAUAUCGAGGGGCUCGUGAAUACUCCCCUAGACACUCCCCCCCUUAUGGUGGGGGGAGAUCAAGGAGGGAUCACUCAAGGUCACCGCCACCUUACUCUCCUCCUUAUGGUGGCAGCCCGGAUAGGAGGUAUCCUCGUGGCUCUAGAUGAGGGUGAAGCCCCUUUUAAUGUACUUUUAUGGUUGCUGUUAGUCAAGGACCAAGUUGGAUGGUUGUGUGUACUCGAAUCUCUGUCUCAUAGUUGUAAGCAGUCCAACUGGCCGAAUGGUCAUCAUCGUAUGCUUUUUUAGGUUCGGUGUUCUAACUUUCUUCUAGUAAACAAUAUUGUUACAAAUAUUGGUAUGUGUCUUGUGAAUCUUACUUUUCGCUUUUAUCACUGGGGUUUAUUAGACAAUAUGGUAAAGUAGUUUUUUCCCUUGCCA